GUCCUGGCGCGUUAUAAGCCUCCCGGCGUAGCGCGGCCGGCGUCUCAGUGGAGCGCCGUGCGUCGACCGGUUCGCACCCCGCUCCGUCGCCAGCCGCCUUUCCGCUCAACCUCACCGCUCGCCGGCAACGCGAGUCGCCGAAGGUGUGUGUGUGUGUGCGCGCGUGCUGCCGCGUGACGAGAGCCGUCGCCGCACUCCCGUCGCGAGACACCUCGCUACUCCGGACACCGCUUUACUCCCUUUCGAGGGGAGUCAACUCCGAGCUCGCCUUUCGCGUCCGGUGGCUCCCGGAGAGCAGUAAAAGUGUAGGCGCGCUAGUGCGGCUAUACCGCGUCGACGAUGAUGGUCCCGUCGGUGCUCCUGGUGUUCGCUUCGUGCGCUGGAUUGUCGGCGGCGCAGCGUUCGACCACGGCGAGCGUGCCCGUCCCUCGGGUGGAUCGAAAUCUUAUGGACUGGGCGCUGCAGCAGGGCCUGGAAACGCAGCAGCACAUCUGGAACAUCACCGAGCCGGCGCUGUUCUCGAGCGGCGUGGCCAUGCGACCGGGCCAGCCGCCGUGGUUCCUGGGCGCCAUGGGAAAGACCAAGGUGGUGUCCAAGAACAUCUCGGCGCUGGCGCUCAUCACGGAGCAGGCCAGCAAGAACCUGGCCCGGCAGCUGAGCCUGUCGCCGCGCGACGUCACCUUCGGCCUGACCAAGGUGGACGUGCGCGGAACCCUGGCCCAGGCCCUGUGCCCGUACAAGUCCGGCAGGCUGGCGCCCCCGUGCUCGGCACAGCGGUUCCGGACGUACGACGGCUACUGCAACAACCUGCAGAACCCGUACUGGGGGAGCGCCAACCUGCGCUACCUGCGGUUCCUGCCGCCCAGCUACACCGACGGCAUCAGCUCACUUCGCGUAGACUCCCGAGGCCGACAGCUGCCCAGCGCGCGCACCGUCAGUGCGUCCAUGUUCCUGGACCAGGACCGGCCCCAUGACCAUGCCUCCAUGAUGACCAUCGCCUGGGGGAAGUUCGUCUUCCACGACAUGUCGCACACGGCUCAGACCGCCGGUUUCGAGGGGUCACGCAUCAAGUGCUGCGACGUGGCCGAGGGCUUCGAACACCCGGAGUGCCUGCCCAUCGACGUGCCCGCCCAGGACCCGUACUACGGCCGCUUCGGACAGCGCUGCCUCGAGUACGUGCGCUCCAGCGCCGCUCCCCGGGAGACGUGCGGACUGGGACCGCGGGAGCAGAACAACCAGGUGACGUCGUUCCUGGACGGUUCGACCAUCUACGGCUCGUCCGAGGCCGAGGCCAAGUUCCUGCGCGCCUUCGAGGCGGGCCAGCUGCUCAGCCAGCGGACGGCCGGCGGCGAGGAGCUGCCCCCGGCCGACCUGGCGACGCUCGACUGCCGCCGCGGGUCGCAGGACCCGCCCUGCUUCUCGAGCGGGGACCCGCGCAUCAACUCCGACCUGGGUCUGGCCAUGAUGCACACCGUGUGGCUCCGGGAGCACAACCGGGUGGCCCGCAGCCUGCAGGGCCUCAACCCGCAGUGGGACGACGAGAGAACCUUCCAGGAAGCUCGCCGCAUCGUGGGCGCUGAGAUGCAGUUCAUCACGUACAACGAAUUCCUGCCGGCGCUGCUGGGACCGGAAGUGGUCGAGCGGUUCGGACUGCGCCUCGAGAACCAGGGCUACUUCCGGGGAUACGACGCACGCCGUCUGCCCGGGGUCACCAACGUCAUGGCGGCCGCCGGUGUCUGGGCUCUGGCCUCCGCUGCACCCGCGCAGGUGGAGCUGUUCGACCCGGGCCGGUUCCAGCGGCUAGGCAGCCUGCCGGAGACGGCGUUCCGGCCCCAGGAGCUGUACUCGCGGCUCAAGCAGAUCGCCGCUGGCGCUCUCAUGCAGCACGCCCAGAAGAUGGACAACUUCGUCUCACGACACGUGACCCAGGACAUGUUCGCCUCUUCGAACAGAGAGUCCGGCAUAGACCUGGCCGCCGUUGCGAUCCAGCAGGGCCGGGACCACGGCCUCGCAGGCUACACCAACUGGCGCAAGUUCUGCGGCCUGCGCACCAUCGACAACUUCGACGGCCUGUCGCGUGUCAUGAGCUCGGACGCCGCGUUCAGGCUGAGCCAGCUGUACCCAACUGUGCACGAUGUCGACUUGCUGCCAGCUGCCCUGGCCGAGACUCCCGUUGAAGGCGGCCUCGUCGGUCCCACGCUCGCCUGCAUCUACGCCCACCAGUUCCGGCACUUGCGCGUCUCAGACAGGUUCUGGUUCGAGAACGCCAACCAGCCGUCGUCCUUCACCGAGGACCAGCUGCGCGAGCUGCGAAAGACCAGCCUCGCUCGCGUACUCUGCGACAACGUGUUCCUCAAGUCCGGCGGAGGAGUGGUGCAACCGCGGACCAUGCGGGUUCCGGACCCGUGGCUCAACAACCUCAUGUCGUGCGAGGACAGGCUCCUCACGAACGUUGACCUGGACGCUUGGCAGGAGGGAUCGAGGCUGCUUAACGUACCCGAUUCGGUUCUGCAAGACGCGCUCGCCGAUCUGGCAGCGUCCCAGGGAGGCCAGUUCGGCAGGUUCAACAGCCGCGGCGGGUUCAUGAGGGCCACGGCUGGUUCCAGGAGCAUACACAACCAGUCUGAGGCUCUGGAGCUGGCUACGAGGCGCCUGCUCAAGGCAAUGAAGAAAGGCGAUGGCAGGCAAGACGUCAUACCGGCACUCAGGCAGGUAGACCUGUCCAAGUUUGCCACAGAGUUCGAGGAACCGGCCGCCUGCGAAGAAGAGACCCUGGGUCCCUGUGACCAGAGGACGCCAUUCAGGACGCUUUCGGGCCGCUGCAACAACCUCAGGCGGCCUAACCUGGGUAAAGUGGGAAACAGCUUCAGAAGAGUCCUGCCAGGUCUGUACGAAGACGGCGUGUCGGCGCCGCGUUCACGUAGUGUCACUGGAACACCACUUCCCAGUCCCCGGCUAGUCUCUUUCACGGUUCACGGAGACUCCAGCCGCCCGCACCAGCGGUACACUAUGAUGCUCAUGCAGCUGGGACAGUUCAUCGACCACGACAUUGCGCACACGCCGCUUGCCGAAGGCCCCAAUGGCGAGACGCUGCGUUGCCGAGCGUGCGACUCGCCGCGUCGCAUCAAUAAGGAGUGCUUCCCUAUUCCCAUCCCUACCAACGACCCACACUUCCCUAGCGUCAGCCGGAAGAACCCUAACAUCCCGCAGUGCCUGCCCUUUACUAGGUCCAUGUCAGGGCAGAGGACCCUCGGGAGCAGGGAACAGAUAAACCAGGUCACAGGGUACAUGGAUCUGUCGACUGUGUACGGUUCGGACGAUUGCGCCAGGGAAGAGCUCAGAAUCUUCCGCGGUGGUCUGUUGAACAUGAGCGCCCACCCCGCGGGACCACAGUUCAAGCCGCUGCUGUCCGAAGUGGACGGCGCUGCAGACUGCAUCUCGUCCAACGGCCGCUGCUUCAUAGCUGGAGACACGCGCGUCAGCGAGCAGCCCGGACUCACCUCGAUGCACACCAUCAUGUCGAGGGAGCACAACCGCGUAGCUCGAGCACUUCAGGGCCUAAACCCGCACUGGAAUGACGACCGCCUCUUCGAAGAAGCGAGACGCAUCGUUGGUGCCAUGUACCAACGGAUCGUCUACUCCGAGUUCAUACCGCGGACGCUGGGCUGGGAGUCCGUGAGCCAGUGGGGCUUGCACCUGCUCGACGAAGGAUACUACAGCGGAUACGACCCCAACUGCGACGUCGGAUCCUUCAACGAGUUCGCGACGGCUGCCUUCCGCUUCGGCCACACGCUGCUACCUCCGGUGCUGAAGCUGGUAGGACCUGCGUACGACGAGCUGGGAGGCCUCAAGCUCACCGACGCGUUCUUCAACAGCCAGACCCUGUACCGCAGGGACAGGUUGGACCAGCUGCUGCGAGGCCUUCUCUCGACGCCAAUGGAGAACUUCGACAACCACGUAACCGAGAUGGUCACCAACCACCUUUUCGAGUCCAAGACUGUGCCCUUCUCCGGCCUCGACCUGGUCGCCAUCAAUCUGCAGCGGGGUCGCGACCACGGACUGAGGACGUACAACGACUACCGCGCCUUCUGCGGGCUAACGCGUGCUCGGUCCUGGUCCGACCUGGAGGGUCACAUUCCACGCAAUACGCUCCGGGCCAUCGCCGGAGUAUAUCGUGACGUUGAGGACGUCGACGUUUUCACGGGCGGACUCUCGGAGUUUCCGCUGGCCGGGGCCGUGGUUGGCCCGACGUUCAGCUGCCUGCUGGGCUUCCAGUUUCAGCGGCUUCGGCGCUGCGACCGCUUCUGGCACGAGAACGGCGGCACCGUGGGGCGGUUCACGCCCGACCAGCUGGCGCAGAUCAGGAAGGCCUCGUUGGCCAAGAUCAUCUGCCAGAACUCGGACACGACGCGGUUCAUCACCAGGAAGGUGCUAGACGUCUACGACCCAUUCCUUAACCCGAGGGUUUCCUGCGGUAGCAUACAAGAUGUCGACCUCAACUUUUGGAGGGAUAACAUCGUGUAGACAUGGCCCAGAGCAACGAGAAGACGUUCGUGUGAGAGUAGUGACUACCGCUUGGCGGCGCUGGAGCUGCCAUCGCGCACGGAAGCGGUGGGCUGCAGCUGGAGAAAGACUGAACGUGAUAGUGACGUCACGUGCCGUCAUGUGACGGAAAGUGUCCCACCAAACGGCAUUCAACGCGGGAGCUCUCCGAGAGAUCACAGCUGCGAAACUCUGCGGUUUUUCUUUUCCGAGAGUGUGUGCCGAGGUGUGUUUGCGCUAAUACGUAACAGUCACGUCUUUGGAGAGUUUUAGAGAGCGUUAGCUUGCCCGUAUGACUUAUUACCCUGCACGGAAUACCGGGCAGCCAAAGGUGCAGACGUGGGUUGGCGCCGUGUUAGUGGCGGCAUCUUGCGGCCUAAGGUUUAUCCAGACAUGACACUGAGCUAUUACUGUUAGUGACCUGCUGUAUUCUGCAUAACUACUACAGUAUUGUAAAACGUCAGUAGCGACAUAUUCGUUAACCAUUAAUGAGUUUUUUUCCUUCGCAGAGAACACUAUGUAACAUUAAUCAAUUAAUUAGUUAAUCAAAAACUUUUCGAACAUUCUGCAGUUGGACAAAGAGUCACAAGACGUCGCUACCAGCGUUGCUAAUGCUAUCCACGUCCCCGAUAGUACGGUAUUUUGCAAAGGGUGAUACGUCCGCGGUCAAUUGCUAUAGCUCUCCUUCACUAGCAAGAUUAGAAAUAAGAUGGAGCGUGAACGCGUUCUUAAGGGCACAAACACUGUGAUGGCAAGGAAGUGCUGACAACCAUUCCUUUCUUUUUUUUUUAGUUUGAAAAAGGAGGAGGGGUAAAGCGUGCUUGUGUCAUAUUUAACUCAAUUCCACAUUUCUCGUACUCCCUGACAAUGUUUGUUGUCUCUACCGGUGUAGUUUGCUCACUUUGCCCGUGCCACAAGAAGAGUCAAAAUACAUCAAUCGAGGGAGUACGAGAACUCUCGGAAAUGGAGUAAAUUAUUAGUAAGAGUGUUUACUCCGGUAUAAUGGAGGUACCCGCACCCAUUUUCUUUAUGAAGCGAAAAAGGACAAGAUGUUGUGCAGCUGUUCCUCGUACUUCACGCGUUUGUCGCAAACCCCUGGCCUUCCAUAUCACUGUGCUGCUUAUGAUAUGUACACAGAAGAGAAGUGCUGGCAGAACGGUACCUCGCAAAAGACGCUUUCUUUUGUCUGUUCGCUGUUGCGCAUAGAAUGGAUGUUUACGAGUCAACGGCAUGGGCACGUGACCAUUGAGAAACCGUAGUUUCGCAGCCAUGUCUCGCUCGUAGGACUCGGCUGUUCAUUUCACACGUAGGCGCCAUCAUCAUGCUUAGAUGCGCAUUACUAAACGUACUUGAGCACGCCUUUAGGAUAGCUUCUAUCACGUUACUCACCUCGUCGAAAUCACACAUAGCGCCAUCAUUUUUCACCAAGAUUUCCAUCGUUAGCGAAGCAAAAAGAAAAUAUGUAUACCAUCCUAGAAACUGCUUUACAAAACUACGCGAGGCUUCUUUUAUAUAAUUUAGACGUCCCAAUAGCACACUCCUGAUUGCAUAGGUUCGACGAUAAAAUCUUGACGUAUAUCUAUAGCAACACAUAACGGUGUUGAAUCGAAAGAUGCUGGUCUUUUGUCCCGUUCUACGAUUGUCUCUCCGACAAUUCCUCUGCUAAACAGCAACUGUUGCCGGAUUCAGCUUCUGUUCAUUCUUGUCUAAUAUUGCCGUGUGACACGUGUUAUCAAGUACAAAUGGAAGAGGAGAAGAGUGUCAAGCAAGAAAGGCAAAAUUAUGACAGCUCUUGUAUCAUGAUUACUAUUGUACCAAGCCAUCCGAUCGGUGGCUUAUCGUUCGUAACGGGUUGCGCCAUACACCACGUGUGAUCAACCAGUCUUGUAUCAAAUGAUGAAUAUCGACAUAAAGCUUGAGCUAGUGGCGGAAAUCGGGACGACUGAUUUGGAGAAUGACGUGUUUACUGCUUAAGAACUCAUGAACACCAAAUUAUUAAAGCAAGCACAGUGUUUGAUUGCACUGACCUUUCGUAACACGAUGUUUUAAAACAUCUGUGCCGCAUUCGCUGGGGCAAACUAUGGCACAAUAUUCAACGACCUAAAUUUUCACAUUUACCGUAGUUCACAGACACAUGCCUUAUGCCUAUUCUAUAGCCCGCAAGAUUCAGCUUCAGCAAAGUAUAAAAGGAACGCUUCACUUACGCUGUGCACAUCUAGCGAACAGUCAGCUGGGUAUUUAAAUCCCAUUGAGUAUUGAGUGCUUAAGUGGCCGCGUGUCGAAAGUAUACGUAGCCAUGCGCAUGCGUUGUGCAAUGAGUGGUACGCGCAGGCUAUCGGCCUCUCGUUCUGUCUUUCUGUAUAGGGACAAUAUUCCCGAAUGGUGCUUAAACUCCAGACAGCAAAUAGCGCGUCUCCGGGUGCAGAACCAGCCAAUUACGAAGAGAUGGCCUGCACGCUAUUUAGCUAGAGACAGUCCUCAUUGCAGGGACAUCCAACAUUUAAGCUAUUGCGUUCCGCUGGCGGGAGUCCAGAAAAUGCAGCAACUGUUUUGCAAAAGAUUCUUGAUUUGGCAAUAUGCCCGCCGAAUGAUAUUGCAAUACGUAAGGAUUUUAUGCAUGAAAGUUACCGAUUAGUGACACUGCAUAUAUUUGCGCAUGAAUGUACAGUAUGCUCUUGAAUGUAAAGUAUCUCAAGAUUGUGCAAUUUUCGCUUAGUAACUCUGGCACAUUAAGAAUGUUUUUUUAUAAUGAUGAUGAUGAUGUUAAGUGCCAGUGGUCACGCAGACUCAUUCAGCGCGUUUGCUACGCCGUGUCAGCACGCGCACAUGCUAGGCUUUCGGCUAGUUACUUCACUCGACACAAUUUGUGCGCACAGUCCCCACCAAACACAGCGAGUGGGGCGAAGAAUUCUUAAUGCCACCUAGAGUUAUUUCGUUCAAGGGAUCGUCCGGCGAUUAGUUGACAAUGUGCUAUUGACAUACAAUUAGGUGGGCCAGCUCAGAAUAUUUUUUUUUUUAAUUUCAGCUAUAUGAGCGGUGCGAGACGUCAGAGGCGUCCUCUAUAUAUACGUUUCAACCAUAGAGCCCUAUUCUUGCCUUGCAUUUCCAUUUUUUGCUCGGACUCGCUAUGUGAAAACCUUUUUGGUAGUCUCGCACGAGCGCACACGGAACAAUGAGCCGCCUACGACGUCGUGUUGUGCCAUCCGAGCUGUAUUAUUUCAAGUUUCGCAUCCAAGGAGAACAAAAAAAUUGAUAAGACCCUGUUAGUCUGCUAUUCUUCAAAAUAAAAGAAAAAUGAAUGUAGGUUGUUUUAGAGGUAUAUGAGAGCAUGAUUUGCUUCAGAUCUCGAAAUCACAUGAAACCGCCCGAUGAUCCCUUCGAGCAACGCGUUUUACCUGUGACAAAUGUCGCGACAAAUAAAGUCCUCUUGUCUGUCGUAUCGUCAUAUCUGUAAAUAAACUUUUGUUCAUAGUUCCUGAAA